GGCACCGAGUCGUCUGGCAAGACUGCGGGCACCGAGUCGUCUGGCAAGACAGUGGGCUCCGAGUCAACAGGCACGACAGUGGGCACCGGGUCAUCAGGUAUCGGAUUGUCUGGCUCGACAGCGGGCAUCGGGUCACCAGGUAUGACAGCGGGCACUGGGUCACCAGGCAUCAGGUCAUUUGGCUUGCCAGCGGGCACCGCGUCAUCUGGCAAGGCAGUGGGCACCGGGUCACCAGGUACCGGAUCAUCUGGAUCAACAGCGGGCAUCGAGUCAACUGGCCUAAUAGGAUCGUCGGGCUGGAUCAGUUCAUCAUCAUCAGGCUGCAGGCAUCAGGCUGAGAGGCAUCAGGCUGAGAGAGGCAGGCUGAAGAGAGGCAUCAGGAGUAGAGGCAUCAGGCUGAAGAGAGGCAUCAGGCUGAGUAGAGGCAUCAGGCUGAAGAGAGGCAUCCGGCUGAGAGAGGCAUCAGGCUGAGUAGAGGCUUCAGGCUGAGUAGAGGCUUCAGGCUGAGUCACGGAAGGCAGGUUCACCGGUUUGGGAUACUGGCAGGAUGGUAUUGGUUGGAAAG